ACUAGCUUGGCCCUUGUCCAUUGCUUUCCAUGUUGUGGAUGAGCUGUGUGCACGUCGUCCUGGAUGCGUAAUAUCGCUCUUCUGGAGUGGGGUCCUGCCUCACUCUUUUACAUCCAGCCUCGCGAGCUGAUCAAGGUCAGGACCAGAUGGCUGGAGGGCGGCCCGGUCUUGCCGCCGUUCCUCAGCACCAUGGAGGAGGCCAAGGCCCACGACCCAGACCUCACGGUGCGGUACGCGCUGAGCGCCUUCGAGGACCUGAAUAGCGCCAUCAAGAACCUGCGGAGAUGCUUCGGCUUCCCGUACCAGGAGUACAUAGGGUACAUGAACACCCUGACCCAUCAGUACCGCACCCGUCGCGAGCACGAGGGCCUGAUCGACCGGAUCCGGCGCUGGGCCAUGUUCGGCAACGUAGAUGCUGUUUUGUGGAUCGACUACGCGAAGGCCAACCAACCCCCAGGCUCCUUCAAGAUGGGCCCGCGGGAGUCUCGGCCUUUUAGCCCUGCGCACAUGCAGAUCUGCGCCGACAUGCCGGAGAUUCUGCGGCUGGAGGACGUGAACGACGAGUCCGAGGCGGCAUGGAGUGAGGAUUUGGAGGACGACAAGCACGCAGGUCACUCGAGCGACGCGCAGGUCGCCACAAUGCCGCGGGAGCCCGGCAGCUUGAGGCCGCUGCCUCCAAAGAGGCUGCCGAGGCACAUCCAGCGAAUGCGGCCGUCGCAGAUGUUGGCCCAAGCCGUUAGCAAAGCGGCGUCGCCAGACAGAGAGGAGGCCCUGGUGAAGAUGGAUCACAAGAUCCUCGCAAAGGAUGGGAAGCCCAAGACGGAGAAGGAGGCGCUCCGCAUGCAGCUCCAGGAGGAGGUCGUGCCGGUUCCAGGCAGCAUCUACACCCGAUCGAUCGUACCUGGACCAGGCUACUAUGGCGCUCCUAAGAUAGGAGAUGCAAAGGAGGUUGGCCCGGCCGCCUCUUUCGCUCGAAAGGGCGCCAGCACCUGGGACCAGCUGCGGCUCCACGCCGCGAAGCUGCCGGGGCCGGGUCAGUACGAGGCCGCCGCCAAGACUAGCGACACCUUCUUCAGGGCCAAGUUGGGCUCCUUUACCCGGGCGCCGAAGUUGGUGAACAAUCAGGAGGUCUUCAAGAAGCUGCCCUUCAUCUCCAAUUUCGCCUCUGCGUGCGAGGGCUUCGGCCUCAACAGCCCGGAGUUUCAUUGCAUCAGCCCAGAGGAGGUGUGCAACUUGCCGCACUAUACGAAGGACCCGGCGUUCUCCUUCUCCCGCACUCCGCGGCCAUGAGACGGUCACCAGACCUCGUCUGCUCGGGAAUCGCUAGAUGCCUUGAGGGAACCCAACGUGCCUCAAAGACGCA